ACACACACUCGCUGAUAACAAUGUGUGUUUAGAGCAUGCACUAUUACAACCUGUGGAUCUUGUCUCCAGCUUAUUUUUGAUGGCUGCAGUCAACGGGGAUGCAGCUUGAAUUUGGGUGUCUCAGUGGGACAUGAUCGCCUUCUCAUAUCUAAGAAAGGCUCAGCAGUCAUGGACGCUUUCAUCCAAACCUGUUGAGGCCAGUCACACUGAAACCAUUUUGUAGCUGCAGGAUUUCAGUUUACGGAGAUUUAACUAUGGCGAAAAAACUUGACAAACAGCACUCUGCUCCAGUGUUGACAAAGACUCACUGGAAGAAGCCCAGCAAUACCACAGAUUUAUUUGAAAUGAUUGAAAAGAUGCAGGGCAGCAGGAUGGAUGAGCAGAGAUGCACCUUUCCUCCACCUCUCAAGACUGAGGAAGACUACAUUCCAUAUCCAAGUGUCCAUGAGGUAUUGGGAAGAAAAAGCCCGUUCCCCCUCAUCUUGCUGCCACAGUUUGGUGGUUACUGGAUCGAGGGGACCAACCAUGAGCUGAGUGACACAGGGGACUCACAGCAGCCCCAGCCUCUGUCCCCAAACACUCGAACCAAGUUGGAAUGCAACACAACAGCUUCAAUCUUCCGAAAACACUUCCUGGGCAAGGAGCACUUUAAUUACUAUUCAGUGGACAGUGCCCUUGGACAUCUGGUGUUCUCCCUAAAAUAUGAUGUGAUUGGUGACCAGGAACAUCUCCGCCUAAUGCUCAGGACCAAGCUGAAAACUUACCAUGAUGUGAUCCCCAUUUCCUGUCUGACAGAAUUUCCUAAUGUGGUUCAAAUGGCCAAGCUUGUCUGUGAAGAAGUGAAUGUGGAUCGCUUUUUUCCUGUCCUAUAUCCAAAAGCUUCAAGACUCAUCGUCACCUUUGAUGAACAUGUGAUAAGCAACAACUUCAAGUUUGGGGUUAUCUAUCAGAGGUUUGGACAGACAUCAGAGGAAGAGUUGUUUGGCAACAACAAAGAGAGUCCUGCCUUUGUAGAAUUCCUGGAGUUUCUGGGAGAGAAACUUGAACUCCACAAUUUUAAAGGUUUCCGUGGAGGGUUAGAUGUGACUCAUGGACAGACUGGCACAGAAUCCGUCUACUGCAACUACCGCAACAAAGAGGUCAUGUUCCAUGUGUCCACAAAACUGCCUUACACAGAGGGGGACACCCAGCAGCUGCAGAGAAAAAGGCACAUAGGGAAUGAUAUUGUGGCCAUUGUAUUCCAAGAAGAAAAUACUCCCUUUGUACCAGACAUGAUUGCAUCAAACUUUCUUCAUGCCUACAUUGUGGUGCAAGUGGUCAACCCCUGCUCUAACAAUGUUCUCUACAAGGUGUCAGUGACAGCAAGGGAUGAUGUUCCUUUCUUUGGUCCAGCCCUCCCUAAUCCUGCUGUCUUUACAAAGGGCCCUGAAUUCCAUGAAUUCCUUUUUACCAAGCUAAUCAAUGCAGAGUAUGCUUGCUACAAAGCUGAAAAAUUUGCCAAACUCGAGGAACGAACCAGAUCGGCUUUGCUAGAGACUCUUUAUGAGGAGCUCCAUGUGAACAGCCAGGCCAUAAUGGGUGUUGGAGGAGAGGACGAUAAACUGGAAAAUGGGAGUGCAGGAGGAGGGGGCUUCUUUGAGUCCUUUAAGCGGGUGAUCCGCAGUAGGAGCCACUCUAUGGAUGCCCUGGGGUUAAGUUUCAAGAGGCCAUUCACAUUGUCCACUAGCCUGAGCAACACCUUUAACCACAGCCCCGCAGAGAGCCCCAAAUUCCCAGGGAUUUCAUUGCUUGUCCCAGGCAAAAGUCCCAGUAAAUAUGGACGCCGAGGCAGUGCCAUAGGGAUAGGAACAGUAGAAGAGUCUUUGAUAAUUCCAGGGAAAAGCCCAACCAGGAAAAAGUCUGGUCCUUUCAGCUCGAGGAGAAGCAGUGCCAUCGGAAUUGAAAAUAUUCAGGAAGUCCAGGAGAGAAGGCCGUUUGUUUUAUAUGAUUUGUGUAGCAGCAGAGAAACAUCCCCAAACACUCAGAAGACUCCUGACAGUGGCCAUGCUUCUCAGGACCCUAGAUCUGACAACUCAGAUCAGAGCUCUCCAGAGGUACUCACAACUACAAAGAACAGUUCUUAUCUUAGUGGCAGGACUCCAUCCAUCCCAGAGGGCCACGAUCUCUCCCGAUCCUCAUCAAAUGCCAGCAGUUUUGCCAGUGUGGUAGAGGAGAACGAGACAGAGGCCACGGAGGACUAUGACACAGGCAUGGAGAGUGUGUCAUCUGCUGGGACACCUCACAAGCGAGACUCCCUCACCUACAGCACUUGGCUUGAUGACAGCAUCAGCUGUAGCACCAACAGCCGUGGAAGCUCUCCAGGACCUGGAAAACCUGAUCGAGGAAAAUCAACCGAUGUCCGUAUCAAACUGGAACGAUCACAUGACCAUCAGUCCUCAUCAAACUGUUAGCUCCACCCAAGUGGUUUUAUUCUUGAUGUCCAUCUUCAGCAAUCCCAUAAAUCACACUCCUGGGAGAUGAGUAACUUGUAGAAGAUUGCUAUGACCGGUCAUAAGAAGGAAGAUGAAGAUGAGAAAGAAGAGAAACAGUGGAAGAAGCAUGGCCAGCUGGCUGCUCAGGGAGGCCGGAAACCUAGAAGACACUAGACAGGGUGAUGCACAAAGAGGGGCCAGCUUUUGCACAAUUUUGCUUCCUUCCAUUCUUUUCUUUGCCUGUUCAUACAUCUGUUGCCUCGCUGUAUAUUUUUCUACCUAAACUCAAGUCCACAUUUGAUCUGCAAAUGCAGUUGUUUUAUUUGUAAAGUCUAUUAUUUUAGUUUAGAUAUCUUCUUGAAGUCAAGGUAUGCUGGCUAUACAAAAAAAGACAGAGCCAUUGUGCAGUUGCAAAGUAAAGAUAACUGACUGAAUGAUUUGACCUAAUUAAGCAAAGCAUUGGUUUGGUUAAGAUCUGUAACAUAUAUACUAAAUAUUGAGAAUCAGAUGAGCAUAUUUUUUGGAAUCUGUGAAAUGUGACCAUUUGUAGUGUAAAAUCCAAGUAGAUGGGCAGCAUUGUUGCAGCAAAACAAUUGCACUAUUUUUCCUGUGGUUAUUUCUCUACAGACUUUGUUUUCAAACUUAACAUCGAAGGCCAUGGUAAAAAUAAGAAAUGGCCUUAAAAGUUCUGCUUUCGGUUUUUUUCACUUGGCCUUUGAUUUUGUUUUAACUAACUUUAAUCGCUCAUUCUGUAGCAAAAUAUGGGACAACAGCAUUAAAAUAUAAAACAAAUAUGUUUUGAAUAAUUUGAAGCUCAAUAAUCCUAAAAAAUGUGCCAUAAAUCAACUGUACUCUAUCACUGUCGGUAUAGUCUGCUGAUCUAUGGAUAUUUCCAUCAGCGGGUGAACUAACUGCUUUGUCCUCUCGUCUGUCGGAGCAUAGACCAGUCGUAUUAUGUUCUCAGUUGGGUUUUUGUUCUCUCUUAUAUGUCUUUUUAUUUAUUGGUUUGGUUCCUGUUUAAGUGGCAUUUAUAGCAAAUACCUGUUAUAUUGUACCUCUCCAUUCAGAAUCUUGUCAUAUUGCUUGUAUUGUAUGUGUUGCUUUGCUGUAAAUUAUAAUGUCAUAUGUAAAGCUCUAUUUCAGGGGUCAGAUCUUGUUCAGUGCAGUAAAUUUACAAUGCAAAUACAAAACAGUGAAUAUUUAUUUGCUUUUCAAGUGACUAAAUAACUCUAAACACGACUACUGAUUUUGUAAAUAGACAUUUAGUUGGAGUAAAUAGUAUAUAAUGUAUAGGCCAUUCAGUUUAAACAGGACUGAGAAACAGCUUGAAAUAACUGCCAGUUUAACUAUUUACUGUUAUUUUAUUUCUUUUACCCUUUUUUUAAUAUUAUUUUCAUUUUAUUAUUUUUUAUAGAAUAUCUCAAAGCUAUUCAGACUUUACUGUAAAAGGGAAAAUUUCACAGUAAGUCCGGCUGAUCCUUUCAGUUGCCUUAUGUCACACACUGAUGGUGUAAGUAAAGUUAUUGAGGAAAAUAGUUCACGGUCAACAGGAUUUACAAUGAAAUGAAUGUUUAGUUCUUGCUUGUUUCUACUGUAAAUAAAUGCCAUAAGAACUUUA